AAAAUGUGCGAAAAAGUUUCGUACCCAUCACGUGGGAAAGUUUUCCGAGUAAAUGAUGUAAAAUGUCAUCAUUUCGACUUUGGUACGUUCACAAAAAACCCUCAAAAAAUUUCUCCGUGCAUGAUAAUUUCUCCGUGCAUGAUAAUUUAUACUCUCUCCACCUGAGACUAGCUAUUGCCCGACCGGGGCUGCUAAAAUCAGGUGGAGAGUGUAUAUCGAGUAAGCUCAUAAACGGCUAUAGCCGCACAUGCAUCAUAAAUAUCGAUGUAAAAAGAGAAAAAAGUAACAUAAGUCUGUUGCUGACGACUAUGAGAUAAAGACGUUCAGUUUCUUUCAAGAUGACUAAAUUGAUAGAGUUAAACUCGCCGACUGACACAGUCAUGGAGCUCGUGCAAUCGCCAAAUGGAUCAAUUCCACCUGCUGAAGAGAAACACGAGCGUGUUCAAAUGAAAAAACAACUUGGUCUUUUGGAAGGAUGUGCUAUUAUUUUGGGAAUUAUAUUCGGAUCAGGAAUUUUUGUAUCACCCAAAGGCGUUAUUCAGGAAGUUAACUCACCAGGCGCCAGUCUUAUCAUUUGGACACUUUGUGGAGCUCUCUCAAUGAUUGGUGCAUUAUGUUAUGCUGAACUUGGCACAUGCAUACCUAAAUCCGGCGGUGACUACGCAUACAUUAAAGAAGCGUUUGGAGAUCUUCCAAGUUUCCUCUACAUUUGGGAUGCAACGGUGAUUUUUGUUCCUGCCACCAAUGCAAUCAUGUCACUCACUUUUGCUAGCUACGUCAUGCAACCAUUCUUUGCAGCUGAAUGUGAAGUUCCAAAAAUCGCCGUUCAACUUCUUGCAGCAGCGACAAUUUGUGGCCUCACUUACCUCAAUUCGUUUGAUGUCAGGACAACAACAAAGUUACAAAAUGUUAUUAUGUUCACUAAAAUUGGAGCUCUCGUCAUCAUUAUUUUAGUUGGCUUGGGAUGGAUGCUCUCAGGUCAUUUAGAGAAUUUUGAUCAUCCAUUUGACAACACUGAAUAUGAUCCAGGAAAGAUUUCAGUUGCAUUCUAUUCGGGAAUAUUUUCUUACGCUGGAUGGAACUACCUCAAUUUUAUGACUGAAGAACUUCGUGAUCCUUACAAGAACCUCCCACGAGCAAUUUACAUAAGUUUACCAUUAGUAACGGGCAUUUAUGUUCUUGCCAAUGUUGCAUAUCUCGCUGUGUUGACACCGCAAGAAAUGAUUGCAAGUAAUGCGAUUGCUGUAACGUUUGGCGAUAAAGUUCUUACUUAUGGUGCUUGGAUUAUUCCCAUCAUGGUAGCAAUUUCCGCUUUUGGUGGACUCAGCGUUCAUAUCAUGACGAGUUCAAGGAUGUGCUUUGUUGCAGCAAGGAAUCGUCACAUGCCUGAAGUUCUCUCGUUCAUAAAUGUCAAACAUUUUACUCCAACACCUUCACUUGUGUUUUUGUGCGUUUUAAGUCUCAUUUAUCUCUUUAUCGGCGAUGUUUAUGUACUUAUAACAUAUUCGAGUGUCGUUGAAACCUUUUUCAUAAUGAUGAGUGUUUGUGGCGUUCUUUACUUUCGUUGGAAACAACCAAACAUGGUUCGACCCAUCAAAGUUAAUCUCAUUGUUCCAAUCACUUUCGUCUUUAUUUGCAUCUUCCUGAUCAUUGUGCCGACUUAUCAAGUUCCCAAAGAAUGUGGAAUGGGAUUAUUAAUUACCUGUGCUGGUAUUCCUUUCUAUUAUGUUUGUGUUGCGUGGCAUAACAAGCCAAAAUCUCUUCAAAACCGUAUCAAUCAAUUUACAAUGAGCAUGCAAAAAUUAUUCUUGAGCGCUAAAGAAGAGCAAGACAUGGAAUAGAAAAAUUCCAUUGCAAAGCAAUAAGAAAGAAAAAAAACUCAAAAUGAAUUCACAUCAAAUCAAUGAAUCGAAACAAAACUUUCACAAUCUCUUUUUUUUACUCUUACGUGUUUUUUUGUGUCUUUAAUUAUUUAAGUUUUCUGACAAUCUCAAUCAAUGAUCUUAUUUUUCUUUUCGUGUUAUUUAAUUUCUUCUUUUAUUUUAUUUUUAAUAUUAAAUUGACAUUAUUAAUUAGAUGAAUAAUAGUUAAGUUGCAUGGAGGUAUACGAGAGAAUCUCACCUAAAAUAAUCGCAAAGCGAUUUGCUUUCUGACCAAAUCUUAUAAUUUUUGUUUUAAUUAGACGUUUUCUAAAUUUAGCUUUAAGAUUUUAAUUUAAUUGUCAUUUUUUUGUACGUUUUCAAUAUCUGAAUAAAAAUAAUGAUUGAUAUUCUUUUUAUCAAAACGACA